AUGUUGCUGUUCCAGCGAGCGAGAGUUCAGGCCAAAGGUUCGGUUCUGCGUUACGUGCGGGGUGAUGCUACAACUAAGCGGCCAUGGGAAAUUUACACUGCCCGUUAUCGCAUGUGCAACAGUGCAGACGUGGUGUCUUUGGCCAGAGCGUUCAAAUCGCUUACGGCGAUUCCUGCGUCUUCAGAAGACUCGGCAGCUUUGCCGGAGGACGUGCAAGCUCAGCGUUGUGUCUAUUCCCAACUGCUGUUUGAUAGCUUUGAGUUGCAUACUCAAGUGCCGCAGUUGCUGGGGCAGGGCAGAACGAAGCUCAUAGACAAGGUGAGCGCUCAUGUGCAGUCGGCUUUGUUAGAGGCCGGAGACUUGGAGGGUCUGCAGGGCUACCUAAGGUCAUGCGUGGCUUGGUGCAGCGACAUGGGGGUGGAAGCAGGGAUUCCGGAUUGUGAGGUGCAGUGCAUCGAAAGUGUCUUGCCUUCGUGCCUCAGACCUUCUCGUUUGCAGAUGUGCAACAUGGAGGAUGCAAGUUUUGCAGAUGAGGGCUUGCUGUCAGCUGAGCCCGAGAGUGCACAUGAAGGCAAUCUGAUGCCCAAUGCUGUUCAUGUGCCUGGGACAUGCCAUGCAAUCCACAAUGCUUGCUUGAAUCCAGAUACGGCCCUCAGCGACUUUGGCUGGUGGCGCUUCAUGGAAUGCCACAGUAUGCAGAUUUUGGAAGCUUUCUCAGGAACCCUGCGCACAGAAAGGUGGGGAGAGCUUGCAGGAUACUUGCAUGAGGGCUACCCUUUGUUGUUAUUCUUUCGACAAUACUGGGACGGAGUAGCUUAUGCUCGCGGCUUAGACGAUGGUGGUGAAACGGAAGAUUUUUCUUGUAGUGCCAUUACAGAAGUUCUGAACGAUGAUCAUUUUCUAGUUUACUGGCAGCUCCAGAUUGCACUCCGGGACAUGAUUCAGGAUUUGCUUCGCUGGGUCGAGGGUUGCCCCUGUCACUCCAGCCUGCUGCAGGGAAAGUCUGCCUUUCGGCAGGAGAAGGCUUUGCGGGAGGAGAUCACUUGCCCCACCGAGGUUGCCUGCCAGGGCCCAUUGAUGGGUUGCCAGGCUGCCGGGUUGGUAGCCGGUCACAUGAAGACGUUUGCGGAGACUUUUGCUCAGGAGGGAUUUGGCGAUUUCAUGAGUAAGAACCCUACAGGUUUGUCGUCGGAGCAGUGCUUUCAAGAAAAUCUCAAGAUCCAACUUGCCUACUUGCAGUCUUUGCCGUAG